AUGGCUAGUGAAGACAACCAUGUCCCUUACCCGUCACCAACAGGUGAUGACGGAGGAGGUGGGGGGAAAGGAGAAGAAAUCCCCACGGAAGGGAGUGCAUUGUCCCUGAAACCAGGAAUCCCCAUCAGGGGCAUCAGAAUGAAAUUUGCCGUGCUGACAGGAUUGGUAGAAGUUGGAGAAGUCUCCAAUAGAGAUAUUGUAGAAACUGUCUUUAAUCUGCUGGUAGGAGGACAGUUUGAUUUAGAAAUGAAUUUCAUUAUCCAAGAAGGUGAAAGUAUCAUUUGCAUGGUGGAACUACUGGAAAAAUGUGACAUUACCUGCCAAGCAGAAAUCUGGAGCAUGUUUACAGCCAUUCUGAAGAAGAGCAUACGAAAUCUUCAAGCCUGUACUGAUGUAGGCCUUGUUGAAAAAGUGCUUGGGGAAAUUGAAAAAGUUGACAAUAUGAUAGCAGAUCUUUUAGUUGAUAUGUUGGGAGUGCUGGCUAGCUAUAAUUUGACUGUUCGGGAAUUAAAGCUAUUCUUCAGUAAACUUCAAGGAGAGAAAGGACAAUGGCCUCCACACGCUGGGAAGUUGCUGUCUGUGUUAAAGCACAUUCCUCAGAAGUAUGGUCCUGAUGCAUUUUUCAAUUUUCCAGGAAAGAGUGCUGCAGCUAUUGCAUUACCUCCUAUAGCCAAAUGGCCAUAUCAGAAUGGCUUUACAUUUCAUACCUGGCUUAGAAUGGAUCCUGUAAAUAAUAUCAAUGUGGAUAAGGAUAAACCAUAUUUGUAUUGUUUCAGAACUAGCAAAGGUCUUGGUUAUUCUGCUCACUUUGUUGGAGGCUGUUUGAUUAUAACAUCAAUAAAGUCCAAAGGAAAAGGGUUUCAACACUGUGUGAAAUUUGAUUUCAAGCCCCAAAAGUGGUAUAUGGUAACUAUAGUUCACAUUUAUAACCGAUGGAAGAACAGUGAGCUUCGGUGUUAUGUGAAUGGCGAGCUAGCUUCCUAUGGAGAGAUAACAUGGUUUGUCAACACCAGUGAUACAUUUGACAAAUGCUUCCUGGGCUCCUCAGAAACAGCAGAUGCUAAUAGGGUGUUCUGUGGUCAGAUGACCUCAGCUUACCUUUUUAGUGAAGCUCUUAAUGCAGCUCAGAUUUUUGCUAUUUAUCAGCUGGGCCUGGGAUACAAGGGUGUAUUUAAAUUCAAAGCAGAAAGCGACCUCUUUCUUGCUGAACAUCACAAACUUUUAUUGUAUGACGGCAAACUCUCUAAUGCCAUUGCAUUCACGUACAAUCCUCGGGCUACAGAUGCCCAACUCUGCCUUGAAUCAUCCCCUAAGGAUAAUCCUUCAAUUUUUGUUCAUUCACCGCAUGCACUCAUGCUGCAGGAUGUGAAGGCAGUUUUAACACAUUCCAUCCAAAGUGCUAUGCAUUCCAUUGGAGGCGUACAAGUGCUUUUUCCACUUUUUGCGCAGUUGGAUUAUAGGCAAUAUUUAUCUGAUGAGGUUGACUUAACUAUAUGUUCAACCUUGCUGGCUUUUAUCAUGGAGUUGUUGAAGAACUCAAUUGCUAUGCAGGAGCAGAUGCUUGCCUGUAAGGGUUUCUUGGUAAUAGGAUAUAGUCUUGAAAAGUCUUCUAAAUCUCAUGUCAGCAGAGCAGUACUUGAACUUUGCCUUGCAUUUUCAAAGUAUCUUAGUAAUCUGCAGAAUGGGAUGCCUCUACUCAAGCAAUUGUGUGAUCAUAUUCUUCUUAACCCAGCAAUAUGGAUUCAUUCUCCAGCCAAGGUUCAGUUGACACUCUAUACUUACCUGUCCACGGAAUUCAUCGGUACAGUCAACAUAUACAAUGCCAUCCGGAGAGUUGGAACAGUGCUUCUCAUCACACACACACUGAAGUACUAUUACUGGGCAGUGAAUCCUCAGGAUAGAAGUGGUAUCACCCCAAAAGGAUUAGAUGGUCCACGACCUAAUCAAAAGGAAAUACUUUCUUUACGAGCAUUGUUGUUGAUGUUUGUUAAGCAAUUGGUGAUGAAGGAUUCUGGAGUAAAGGAGGAUGAACUACAAGCCAUUCUUAAUUAUCUACUCACUAUGCAUGAGGAUGAUAAUCUAAUGGACGUCCUACAACUGCUUGUUGCAUUGAUGUCAGAACAUCCUAACUCUAUGAUUCCUGCUUUUGACCAAAGGAAUGGAUUACGUGUUACCUACAAACUUCUGGCAUCCAAAAGUGAAGGAAUCAGAGUACAAGCUCUCAAGGCAAUGGGCUAUUUUUUAAAACACCUGGCCCCAAAGAGAAAAGCUGAAGUUAUGCUUGGGCAUGGAUUGUUUUCAUUAUUAGCUGAAAGACUCAUGCUUCAGACAAAUUUAAUUACAAUGACCACAUAUAAUGUCCUGUUUGAGAUUCUUAUAGAACAGAUUUGUACUCAGGUAAAUCAUAAACAGCAUCCAGAUCCUGAUUCUUCAGUAAAGAUACAAAAUCCUCAGAUACUAAAAGUAAUUGCGACCCUACUUCGAAAUUCUCCUCAGUGUCCAGAGACCAUGGAUGUUCGGAGAGCCUUUCUUUCUGAUAUGAUUAAACUUUUUAAUAACAGUAGAGAAAAUAGGAGGAGCUUACUACAGUGCUCUGUUUGGCAAGAGUGGAUGCUUUCUCUCUGCUAUUUUAAUCCAAAGAAUUCAGAUGAACAGAAGAUAACAGAAAUGGUAUAUGCCAUAUUCAGAAUUCUACUUUACCAUGCAGUCAAAUAUGAGUGGGGUGGCUGGCGUGUGUGGGUAGACACCUUAUCAAUCACACAUUCCAAGGUCGCUUUUGAAAUACACAAAGAAGCCCUUGAGAAUAUAUUUAGGGAACACCAGGGAAGAGCUGGUAAAGAAAUAGGACUAUGUUCUUUGAGUCCAGUCCAGUCAGUCCUUGGCAGAAACAGGGAAGUUGAUGUUUCAGCAGGAUCCUCGCAGCCAGAUGCUAAGGAUUCUCCUGCCUCAUCUCAGAUUGUCAGAAAUGAUGAUGAAAAGCCAAGUAUCGAGAAAGCAUGUUCUGGAGAAUCGGCAUCUGAUAGUGAACUGCAACCUCAUAAUACAUUUAAUGAAGAAGGGAAAACUGGGCAAGAAAAUCAGGAGUUACUGAAUGAGGUCACCUUAAAGGAAACAUUGACAAAUGAGAUAAUGAAUGCAGAUGAUUUAGAAGUAUCUUCUGACGUAAUAGAAGCUGUGACUAUUUCCUCUUUCAAAACAACAGGCAAAGAUAUAAUGACCCUCACUGAGGUAACUGCCUCUGUAAGUGCUCCUUCAGAAGAGGAUGCUUCAGAGUUGCCAGAAUUAUUGGAAAAGUCUAUAGUAGAGGAAGAAGAUGAUGAUUAUGUAGAAUUGAAGGUAGAAAGUAGUCCUUCUGAGGACACCAGUCUACCUACUGACCUCCAAGAUAAUAGUUUGUCUCCAACUGCAUAUGAAGCCAGUGAAAGACAAGACAUGUUUGGUAAUGACCACAAUUUAAUAUCUGCUGAGGAAAGACCUGUUACUAAAAAGCAAACUGAUACUGAAACUCAAGAUUUUAAAUAUUCUGGAAUCUUGAAUAUUACAGCAUCAGGGUCAUCUACUUCAACUGAAACUACUGCUUCCCAAACAGGCAUUAGUCAGAUGGUAGAGGAAGGGAAGAAAAUAACUGAUCCUGCUAGAAAAAGCAAAUUAAUUAGUGAUUGUCAUGGUAAUAUCUUCGAAUCUUCUGCUAUUUCUGAGCAGAAGAUUGCUGAGUUGGAUGUUUCCAGUGUUGCUACAGAUACUGAGAGACUAGAAUUGAAGGCCAGUGCAAAUGUGGAAGCUUCUCAACCUCUUCGACCUGUACUUGAGUUGCCAAGACAACAGGAGCAAUCAGAGCAAGGUGUAGCUCCAGAUGCAGCUAACGGACAUAGGAGGGAUUCCAGAUUGACUGUGUUCCGUAUUCCUGAGUUCAAGUGGUCUCAAAUGCAUCAACGUUUGCUCACUGAUCUAUUAUUUUCGAUAGAAACAGAUAUUCAGAUGUGGAGAAGCCAUUCAACAAAGACAGUUAUGGACUUCGUGAAUAGCAGUGAUAAUGUCAUCUUUGUACAUAACACAAUUCAUCUCAUCUCUCAAGUGAUGGACAAUAUGGUCAUGACUUGUGGGGGUAUACUGCCAUUGCUUUCAGCUGCUACAUCUGCUACACAUGAGCUGGAGAAUAUUGAACCUACUGAAGGCCUUUCAAUAGAAGCGUCUUUGACAUUUUUGCAGAGGUUAAUUAGCCUUGUGGAUGUGCUAAUUUUUGCAAGUUCUCUCGGCUUUACUGAAAUUGAAGCUGAAAAAAAUAUGUCAUCUGGAGGAAUUUUGCGGCAAUGUCUCCGGUUGGUAUGUGCUGUGGCAGUAAGGAAUUGCUUAGAGUGUCAGCAGCAUUCACAACUGAAAUCUAGGGGAGAUAUAGCAAAAGGCCAGAAAAUAAUACACGGCCUGAUUCCCUUGGGGAAAUCUGCAGCAAAGAGUCCUGUGGAUAUUGUAACUGGUGGUAUAUCUCCAGUAAGAGAUCUUGGCAGGCUUCUACAAGACAUGGAUAUUAAUCGACUUAGAGCAGUUGUCUUCAGAGACAUAGAGGAUAGCAAACAAGCUCAAUUUUUAGCCUUGGCGGUUGUAUACUUUAUCUCUGUUCUUAUGGUCUCAAAGUACAGAGACAUUCUGGAACCUCAAAAUGAAAGGCCUAGCCAGUCGUUGAUGGAAACUGGAAGUGAAAGUGGGAAUAUAUCACUCCCUGAAAGCACACCAGCAGCAUUCAGCCCUUUAACUCCAGCAUCAGAGGAAGAAUCUGAAAGUGCAACAUCUGCUCCAAGGAGGGACUCAGGCAUUGGGGAAGAAACAGUUACCAGUUUAGGAAGCAAUGUGGAUGUAGCUCCUCAUACAGCACCUCCAAGUGUCAGUGCAGGCCCAGAUGCAAUUAGUGAGGUGCUAUGCACUCUUUCUUUAGAAGUCAAUAAAUCUCAGGAAAACAAAAACGAUGGAGGAAAUGAAUUGGAUAACAAGGCUGCACCAUCAGUUACAGUUUCAAAAAACGUCAAUGUGAAGGACAUUCUCCGAAGCUUGGUUAACAUACCAGCAGGUGGAGUCACAGUGGAUCCUGCCAUUUUGCCGCCAGCCUGUCUUGGAGCUCUUGGUGAUCUAUCUGUCGAACAACCUGUGCAGUUCAGAUCUUUUGACAGAAGCGUCAUUGUUGCAACAAAAAAAUCAGCGGUCUUAUCUCCUACACCUACUACAAGUAUACCUACUAGUGAUCUCAGUGUAGUUUCUUCAGUAGAUUCAUCCCAAGCCCCAGAUGUGGGAGGAGAAUCAUCUGGUAUUAGAUCAUCUAAUGCAAAAUUACCCUUGGUUCCAACAAUUGGUGCAGUUCCAGAAGACCCAGUUUCAAAUAUGAGUAUUACUGAAAGGCUUGAACAUGCUUUGGAAAAGGCAGCUCCUCUUCUGCGAGAGAUUUUUGUGGAUUUUGCACCUUUUCUUUCUCGUACACUUUUGGGUAGCCAUGGACAAGAGCUACUCAUAGAAGGAACAAGUCUGCUUUGCAUGAAGUCGAGUAGUUCAGUUGUGGAAUUGGUUAUGCUACUGUGUUCUCAGGAGUGGCAGAAUUCUAUUCAGAAGAAUGCAGGCCUUGCUUUUAUUGAACUUGUCAAUGAAGGAAGGUUGCUUAGCCAAACAAUGAAGGAUCACCUAGUAAGAGUAGCAAAUGAAGCUGAAUUCAUCCUGAGCAGACAGAAAGCAGAGGAUAUUCACAGACAUGCAGAGUUUGAGUCACUGUGUGCCCAGUAUUCUGCAGACAAACGAGAAGAUGAGAAGAUGUGUGAUCAUUUGAUAAGAGCAGCUAAAUAUCGAGACCAUGUGACAGCAACUCAACUAAUCCAGAAAAUUAUCAACAUCCUCACAGACAAGUAUGGCGCCUGGGGAAAUUCAGCAUUGAGUCGUCCUCGUGAGUUCUGGCGCCUUGACUACUGGGAAGAUGACUUGCGGCGCCGGCGACGAUUUGUGCGUAACCCUCUCGGAUCGACACAUCCUGAAGCGACACUAAAAACAGCGGUGGAACAUGCUGCGGAUGAAGAUAUCCUUGCUAAAGGAAAACAGUCCAUCAAGAGUCAGGCUUUGGGAAAUCAGAACUCAGAAAACGAGAUCCUCCUGGAAGGCGACGACGAUACUCUGUCAUCCGUGGAUGAGAAAGAUUUAGAGAAUCUCACUGGUCCUGUUAGCCUGAGCACACCAGCUCAGCUUGUGGCCCCCUCUGUUGUAGUAAAGGGCACACUUUCUGUCACCUCCUCCGAACUCUAUUUUGAGGUGGAUGAAGAGGAUCCUCACUUUAAGAAAAUCGACCCAAAGAUCCUGGUAUAUACAGAAGGGUUGCAUGGGAAAUGGCUGUUCACGGAGAUACGAUCUAUCUUUUCUCGUCGUUAUCUUUUGCAAAAUACAGCCCUGGAGAUCUUUAUGGCAAACAGAGUUGCAGUAAUGUUCAACUUCCCAGACCCUGCAACAGUAAAGAAAGUGGUUAACUGUCUACCUCGUGUUGGUAUUGGAACCAGUUUCGGAUUACCUCAGACCAGGCGUAUUUCAUUAGCUAGUCCACAUCAACUUUUUAAAGCUUCUAAUAUGACCCAGCGGUGGCAACACAGAGAGAUUUCAAAUUUCGAGUACUUGAUGUUUCUCAACACAAUAGCAGGACGGACUUACAAUGACUUAAAUCAGUAUCCAGUAUUUCCCUGGGUUAUCACUAAUUAUGAGUCAGAAGAACUAGAUCUUACCUUGCCAAGCAACUUCAGAGAUUUGUCCAAGCCUGUGGGAGCUUUGAACCCAAAAAGAGCAGCAUUCUUCACAGAGCGUUAUGAAUCAUGGGAAGAUGAUCAAGUUCCAAAGUUCCACUAUGGUACUCAUUACUCAACUGCAAGUUUUGUUCUUGCAUGGCUGUUAAGAAUAGAACCCUUUACAACUUACUUCUUAAAUUUGCAAGGAGGGAAGUUUGAUCAUGCAGAUCGAACUUUUUCGUCAAUUUCCAGAGCUUGGCGAAACAGUCAACGUGAUACAUCUGAUAUCAAGGAGUUGAUCCCUGAAUUUUAUUAUCUCCCUGAGAUGUUUGUAAACUUCAAUAAUUAUAAUCUUGGAGUGAUGGAUGAUGGGACAGUAGUGUCUGACGUUGAACUUCCUCCUUGGGCCAAAACUGCGGAAGAAUUUGUUCGCAUAAACAGAUUGGCCCUGGAGAGUGAAUUUGUUUCCUGCCAGCUUCAUCAAUGGAUUGAUCUCAUUUUUGGCUAUAAACAGCAAGGACCAGAGGCUGUCCGAUCCCUCAAUGUAUUCUAUUACCUGACCUAUGAAGGAGCUGUCAAUCUGAAUUCAAUAACUGAUCCUAUAUUGAGAGAGGCUGUUGAAGCUCAAAUCCGAAGUUUUGGACAGACUCCUUCUCAACUGCUUAUUGAGCCCCAUCCUCCCAGAGGUUCUGCCAUGCAAGUGAGUCCAUUGAUGUUCACAGACCAAGCUCAGCAGGAUGUUAUCAUGGUCCUAAAGUUCCCCUCCAACUCCCCUGUCACUCACGUGGCAGCCAACACCCAGCCUGGUCUGGCAACUCCUGCUGUGAUCACAGUCACCGCUAACAGGCUAUUUGCCGUGAACAAGUGGCACAACCUUCCUGCUCAUCAAGGUGCUGUACAAGACCAGCCAUACCAGCUGCCAGUGGAAAUCGAUCCUCUCAUAGCCAGCAAUACAGGAAUGCACAGGAGGCAAAUCACUGACCUUUUAGACCAAAGUAUUCAAGUCCAUUCCCAGUGCUUUGUCAUUACUUCGGACAACCGCUAUAUUCUGGUCUGUGGCUUCUGGGAUAAGAGUUUCCGAGUCUAUUCUACAGACACAGGAAAACUGAUCCAAGUGGUGUUUGGCCAUUGGGCUGUCGUCACUUGCCUCACCCGUUCUGAAUCAUAUAUUGGGGGAAAUUGCUACAUUCUCUCAGGAUCACGUGAUGCAACUCUUCUACUGUGGUACUGGAAUGGAAAAAGCAGUGGGAUUGGCGAUAACCCAGGCAGUGAGACUACUACACCUCGGGCCAUUUUGACAGGCCAUGACUAUGAGAUCACAUGUGCUGCAAUCUGCGCUGAGCUAGGCCUGGUACUGAGUGGUUCUAAAGAAGGACCAUGUCUCAUACAUUCCAUGAAUGGGGACCUGUUAAGGACCUUGGAGGGUCCUGAAAACUGCCUGAAACCAAAACUCAUUCAGGCUUCAAGAGAGGGUCAUUGUGUCAUAUUCUAUGAAAAUGGCUACUUCUGUACCUUCAGUGUGAAUGGAAAACUCCAGGCCACUAUGGAAACAGAUGAUAAUAUAAGGGCCAUCCAGCUGAGCCGGGAUGGGCAGUACCUGCUCACAGGAGGAGACAAUGGUGUGGUGAUGGUCUGGCAGGUGUCCAACCUCAAGCAGCUCUUUGCCUAUCCUGGCUGCGAUGCCGGAAUCCGGGCCAUGUCCCUGUCUUACGACCAAAGGUGCAUCAUUUCCGGCAUGGCCUCAGGAAGCAUCGUUCUGUUCUACAACGACUUUAACCGCUGGCAUCAUGAGUACCAAACCCGCUACUGACGAGCCAGCCACAGCGGCCCUGCCCACAGUGGGCAGGAGAAGGACCCCAGAACACCAUUCUCUUAGAAAUAGCUAUUACAUCUGAAUGUAACUUAGAUUUGCUCUAAGAAGCAAAAUAUUUUUUAAAGUUAAUUGCUAUUUUUGUAGACUUUGCUUGACUUUUUUGGGAGGGAGGGAUAGCAAAGCAGAAAAUUGGCUGCUGGGUUCUGUAGUUUAAAAAAAUCUAUAUUUUUAGUCAUAAUGAGAAGUCUAUUUUCACCAAUUACGGAAACUUACAGUGAAGCGAGGAAAACCACUCAUUCUAGCUAUAUUAUGAAGAAUCAUUUCCCAUUUAUCUAUAAUCUUGAGAAAUAUGUGAUUUUAACAAUAGGAAAAUGGAUGGUGAUACUGGGAUAGGGGAGUUUUAUGCUAUACUUGGAGUUCUGUAUUUUUCCAAACAAUUGUACUUCUUCAGCACUGAAAUUUCUGGGAUUUAAAUAGUAAUGUUUAAAUUAUGGUAAAAGUAAUUAAAACAUCACAGUGACUUAUUCCUAUCAAUAUUAUUCUUCAGCAUGUUUUAGACCUAGAGGAUUAGGGUUGGGAGGCUAUUUUAUUUACUGUGUGGUUAACAUUAAGGAGUUAUUGUUAUAGCAUGUGUCAGGUAUUUACGUUUUGUUUUCCUGAUCCAUCAUCUUCAUAGCACACUUGAACACACGGCCUUCAUUUCACUUUGCAAGUUAAUGCGAGUACCAAAGCUCCCCCUGAGGCGUGACUGUGCCUGUGCAGUGAGGCAGAGCGGGCCGGGCGCGGGCAGAGAACAGAGCCUACCCGGUGCUGCAUUAAGCAACACCCAUUUUCCUUUCUAUUUGUUAUUAAAUCUCCACUUUCCUUUUGAUUAGUAAUUUGUAUGAAGAAACAAUGUUAUUUUGGUGUCAUAUAAUUCUUUUCUAGUUGAUUGCUUUGUGGAAUUCUGUGAAAAAUAUUUGAGAAAAGAUAUUGCAUAAAUAAAGUCUUUGUAUGUUGUGAA